UUGUCUCUCCAAAAACGGUCUUUGGCGAUCUAGUAGAGUACACAAUUUUUUUUGGUCAACUUUUGUACACACUCUCUUUUCUCUCCCACCACCACCACCACCACCUCACCCUCUCCCCUUGCUAACCACCAUCCACCAGCACCACCAACACCACAAUAACGGGCUCAGCCUUACCCUCACAGUCGGGAUAACAACGGCCCGCAUUCGGGCCCGAAACCCAGCUCAUAAUCAACGUAUUUUGAAGUAAUGAAGUUUUCCCAUUUCUAGAUCCUCAAGAGUCAAUGGAGAAGAUGAGUAGCAAGGAGAAAGGUGUGGCUAGCAACAGAAAAUCUUAUGAGCACUUAUGGCAACAGGAUCGAAAUUCCCCAAUCAAACGUAAACGAAGCAACCCACAAACAACCGAGGUUGUCGUUCCGGAACUUUUGGAUGAUGGAUAUUCUUGGAGGAAAUACGGGCAAAAAGAGAUAUUGGGAUCGAAAUAUCCACGGAGCUAUUUUAGAUGUACAUAUAAGGAAGAAGGUUGUGCGGCUGUGAAGAAGGUGCAGAGAAUUGAUGAUGGCGAUGCUUACCAAAUUUCCUAUAAGGGCCUCCAUACUUGCUCUAAUGGAAAAAAGAUUAUGCCUUUUGCAGCAGGAAGCACCAGUGGAGCCUCAGACUCACAACCUUUCAAGAUAUCCUUUGGCAUGGAUGAAUACAGGCCACUGGAAGUUCCAACUGCAUUGACAAUGACAGAGUCCUUUACUAUUACAGGAAUUCCGUUUUUUGGUUCAAAAGGCACCAAUACUCCUGAUAGCGAGAGAGAAGCAUUGAAAAGUUCUCAAAUUCACAAUGCUGAUGUAACUAAUCAAACUAGACAAGAAGAAUCCAUCAUACCAUUAACUACUAUCUCUAAUAAAUCAAGUAAGCCGGUAUCAACUGACUCAACGUUUAGUGAAAAUGACAAGAGAAAGAAAGAGGGAGAAAUCAAAACCAGUUCGACUCAUUGUCGCUUGAGAAAUUUAGGAGGGGACCCGGACUUCAAUUCUUUGCCAACAGUGAAGUACAGUGCAUCAACUGAUUGCAAUCUGCAAAAAUUACUAUCAGCUUUCAGGGAUGUAGAAGUCAAGAAGAUCGGCAUAUGUGGAACUGGUGGUAUAGGGAAAACAACAUUGAUGAAAUCAUUUCUCUCACGCAAUUUUAUAAAGAGGUUGUUUGACUUGGUUCUUUGGGUGACUAUACCAAGAUGUUCUUCUCGAAGAACAAUACAGAAUUCAUUAGUUCAGCAGUUAUCUUUAAAUGUGCCAAAGAUCAAGUCUGAUGAUGAAGUUGCUAUGAUCCUUCUUCAGACUCUUCUAGCAAGAAAGUUCGUUUUGUUUUUAGAUAACGUAUCGGAGUAUAUCGAUAUUCCAAUGGUGGGAAUUCCUGUCGGCAAUCUAGAUAAUGACUAUAUGAUAAUAUUGACUACCAGAUCAGUCAAUAUUUGUGAAGCCAUGGAAGUGGAUAGAAUUAUCGAAGCUGAGGUUUUAACUAGGGAAGAAUCAUUACAAUUGUUCCGUUUUCAUGUGGGUCAUCUCAUGGAUUCUGAAGAUAUUGAGCCCUAUGGUCGGGCAAUUGUUAAUGAGUGUUCUGGUUUACCAUUGGUGAUUAAAGUUGCUGGAAGUGCCUUGAGAAUGGAUGAUAGUAUUUUUGCAUGGAAGCAUACAUUAAAGGAAAUAUUAUUGACAAAUAGCCUCCGGGUACUCAAAAUUGGAUAUGAUAGGCUCAAAGAUAAUGACAAUAGAAGUUCCUUUCUCUAUACCGCCUUAUUCACAGAAAGCAAAGCGGUUAAAAUUUCUUCUCUGAUAGAGUACUUGGUGGAUGAAGGAAUUGUUGCAGGGAGUACCUCUGAUGCACGUAGAAGAGGACAUGAUAUUAUUAAACAUCUCAUUGACGUCUCUUUGUUACAGUGCAGUAAUGAUGGUUUGAUGGUUGAAAUGCAUGGUUUUCUACACGAUUUGGCAUUAGUAAUCCUGUCAGAUGCAAAAGGGUUACAAAUGCUAUUGAGUCGUUAUUUUAGGUCAAUACUGUCACAGAAAAAUCUUCUGUCUCUCAUAAGCAAUCCCACAUUUGUGCAACCCGAAAGUAGCGAAAGAGAAAAGGUCUCACCUUCAGACGGCCACCGUUCUAUUCUAAAAGCAGGUGAGGAUCUCAGUGAACCACCUUUGGAGGAAGCAUGGGAAGAAGCAAAGAUGGUCUUUUUGAUGGACAAUACAUUGUCGAAUCUACCAAAAAGGCCUGCCUGCUCAAAAUUAUUAACAUUGUUCCUCCAACGAAAUAGCAGCUUGAGAGUCAUUCCUCCAUCUUUCUUCGAGAAUAUGUCUUCUCUGCAAAUUCUGAACCUGUCCAAAACCAGAAUAAAAUCUUUACCACAGUCCCUGUCAAAACUUGAAUGCUUACAGGUAUUGAUACUCCGGAACUGUGAACGUUUGCUUUUUCUUCCCCCUGCAAUUGUGGCUCUUAAAAAUCUCUUAGUUCUUGAUGUACACGGUACAGAAAUAUGCCAGCUUCCUGAUCAAAUAUGUGAGUUGGUUUGUUUAGUUCACCUGGAAGUAUGCUUUUAUGGAUCCAUGGAUGAGGAUGAAUGUGCCAUGCUGCCAUCACAGUUGAUCUCAAAGGGUAUAUUUUCCAAACUUAUUAAGUUAAAGGAGCUCAGCAUUAAUGUAUAUCCGGGAGAUCCAAGAUGGAGUAAGAUUGCAUCAGAUGUAACAACUGAAGUGAGCAACUUAAAAUUAUGUUCCCUGUCUUUCCACUUUCCUGAAGCCAAACAUCUCGAGUAUUUCAUCAAUGCAAGUCCAGCUUGGCUGCACCGAACUUUGACUCGCUUCGAUUUUGUUGUGGGCCAUGAUGUCAAGCGUGUUGUCUCUCGUGUUUCUGAUGACCUUGAACACGAGUAUCAUCAACAAGACCGGUGCUUGAGGUUUGUUGAUGGUGAUGAUAUGCCUGAUGCAGUUCGUAAAGUGCUUUCUCAAGCUACAGCAUUCUACGUCGAUCAUCACCUAACUGCUCAGUCCUUGACACAGUUCGGACGGGCUACUAUCAAUGAUCUAAAGUUCUGUGUAGUGAGAGAUUGCCCGAAACUAAAAGCAAUAGUAAACACCACAAAACUGACAGGAAAUUGCUUCCCGUUUCUGGAGCUCUUAAGCAUCCACAAUUCUUGGAACUUGAGUUGGAUUUGGAUGGGUCCUGUUCGAGCUGGAAGUCUAUCGAUGCUGAAACGAAUAUCAAUACAUUCUUGCCCAAAACUAGAAUUCAUUCUGUGUCGUUCCAUGGUUGCUGUUCUUUCCAACUUAGAGGAGUUGAUUGUUGAGGAUUGUCAAUCUUUGAAAAAUGUCAUUAGAAACAAGGAUCAGAGUUCUGCUGAUGAUGACAGUGACUUUUCUGAAUCUAAUGUUGCCGAUUUCAACUCCAUUAGUGGAGAUGUUGUUGCAAAAGACCAAAUGGAGGUUGACCCUCCUGAUUCUGCAGAACUUAGGAUAAAGGUACUGAAACUUCAUUAUCUUCCCAAAUUGGUCAACAUUUGGGAUGGUGGUGAUUUUCCCUGUUUAGAGUAUUUCAGCGUCUAUAAUUGUCCUAGAUUGAAGAAUCUGGGUCUAAAAUAUCAAGACGAGGUCACCAUAAAGGAGAUCAAAGCUGAAACUUGCUGGUGGAAUGGUUUGGAAUGGGGAGAUCCUGCAUUGCUACCAAAACUACAGGUUCGUUUUAAGGAAAUCCAGCCUGAUGAUAUAUGGGACACCACGUAGCCACGGCCUGGUAUAGUGGUAUAGUUUCUAGUUCCAAGUGUUCACAUUUUUUUCAGAUUAAUUAGGUAACAGAUCGAUAAAUCACACUUACAGGCGUCACAGCCUUACAGCAUUAGGAGUAUCAAAUAUUUAUGUACUUAAAUUUUUAUGGAUGUCGUAGACUGAUUAUUAAUGAUAUUGUUCUUCCCCAUAAAUAAAAAAAUAAAAAAAUGUAAUCGAGUCUUUUUUUACUUUACAAAAAUAAUAA